UGCGGGCGGGUGUCGGGCGCGCGCCCCGCAUGGGGGCGGGGGGGGCCGGCGGGGGGAGGGCAGGCCGGGUGCGCGUGCCCGCUGUGCGCUCCGCGCUGGGGCUCCGUGAGGAGGCCUUCCAGGAAAAGUUGCAAACUCCGAGUUCUUUGCUCUGUUGGAGGGAGCAGGUGCAUACGGCAGGGAGCUAUGUAGGAGGUGCCUGGGCGCUCUGGGGCGGUCUUGAGGAGAUCCCGGGUGAGGAUGUGGGAAUGGAAGGCGUAGGCUUGUCAGUCCUCGCAGGGUGUUCCAGGGGAGCGACUCCAAACCCUCCUUCUGGAGGGAAGGGGGACUGAUCCCUGUAUUUCCCCCAAAAAAGAAAAAAGAAGUGUGAAACGAGACCCAACCCCGUUGCCCAAGGAUGGAUUUUCAGUAGCCAACCCCGGCUGGACUCUUGGGGGAGAGGGGUUUUACGCACGCUGGCUCAUACGCACAUGAAGAGGUUCUCCAAAUUUUUUGGCUUCAUGAGGAGAUAAGGCCAGUUGAGCUCAAUGAUUUUAAAGGUGGGCCGUGUAUGAUGAAACCCAACUUCUUUUAAAGUGUAGCAAAUCUCAUUUUUAUGGCCAAAUGACAGCUUGACCCAGUUGUUAUCCGAUCAAAGGGCAUUUUUUUGAAUGUCUCUUUGUGGCACAACAGCCAACGCAAAAAUGAUGGCGGCUUACAAUGGCGGUACGUCUGCAGCAGCAGCAGGUCACCACCACCACCAUCACCACCACCUUCCUCACCUCCCUCCUCCUCACCUCCAUCACCACCACCACCCUCAGCAUCACUUGCAUCCAGGCUCUGCAGCUGCGGUACAUCCCGUACAGCAGCAUGCCUCUUCGGCAGCUGCGGCCGCAGCAGCUGCGGCCGCGGCCGCGGCAAUGUUAAACCCAGGGCAGCAGCAGCCAUAUUUCCCAUCACCGGCACCGGGUCAGGCCCCUGGACCAGCUGCAGCAGCCCCAGCUCAGGUACAAGCUGCAGCAGCUGCUGCAGUUAAAGCGCACCAUCAUCAGCACUCACAACAUCCACAACAGCAACUGGAUAUUGAGCCGGACAGACCUAUUGGAUAUGGAGCCUUUGGUGUUGUCUGGUCAGUAACAGAUCCACGAGAUGGAAAGAGAGUUGCACUCAAAAAGAUGCCCAACGUCUUCCAAAAUUUGGUCUCUUGUAAAAGGGUCUUCCGGGAGUUGAAGAUGUUGUGUUUUUUUAAGCAUGACAAUGUACUCUCUGCCCUCGACAUACUCCAGCCUCCACACAUUGACUAUUUUGAAGAAAUAUAUGUUGUCACUGAAUUGAUGCAGAGUGACCUCCAUAAGAUUAUCGUCUCUCCUCAGCCACUCAGCUCGGAUCAUGUCAAAGUUUUUCUUUACCAGAUUUUAAGAGGUCUGAAGUAUCUACAUUCUGCUGGCAUUUUACAUCGAGACAUUAAACCAGGGAACCUACUUGUGAACAGCAACUGUGUUCUUAAGAUUUGUGAUUUUGGAUUGGCCAGGGUGGAAGAAUUAGAUGAAUCUCGUCACAUGACUCAGGAAGUUGUCACUCAGUAUUAUCGAGCUCCAGAAAUCCUGAUGGGCAGCCGUCACUACAGCAAUGCUAUUGACAUCUGGUCUGUAGGCUGUAUCUUUGCAGAAUUACUUGGGCGAAGAAUAUUGUUUCAGGCACAGAGUCCCAUUCAGCAGUUGGAUUUGAUCACAGACCUGUUGGGAACACCCUCACUGGAAGCUAUGAGGACGGCUUGUGAAGGCGCCAAGGCACAUAUACUCAGGGGUCCUCAUAAACAGCCAUCCCUUCCUGUCCUAUAUACACUUUCCAGUCAAGCUACGCAUGAAGCAGUUCAUCUCCUUUGCAGGAUGUUGGUCUUUGAUCCAUCCAAAAGAAUAUCUGCUAAGGAUGCCUUAGCUCACCCAUAUCUUGACGAAGGGCGGUUGCGAUACCACACUUGUAUGUGUAAAUGUUGUUUUUCCACAUCUACUGGAAGAGUUUAUACCAGUGAUUUUGAACCCAUCACUAAUCCCAAAUUUGAUGACACUUUUGAAAAGAACCUCAGUUCUGUUCGGCAAGUUAAAGAAAUAAUUCAUCAGUUCAUUUUGGAACAGCAGAAAGGAAACAGAGUGCCUCUCUGCAUCAACCCUCAGUCUGCUGCUUUUAAGAGCUUUAUUAGGUAACUUUCCACAGUUGCUCAACCAUCCGAGAUGCCGCCAUCUCCACUGGUUUGGGAAUAAAGUGGAAGAUAAUAUACUACUGAAGAUGUAAUGUAGCUUUCCACUGGAGUCUGGGAUUUGCAAUUCUGGAGGUUAAUCAUGCUUGUACUGUAAUUUUACUAAUGAAGUUUUAAAUUAACAACCACUACUUGUACAAUAUGAAUAAUAUUUAGAAAUGUACUAGACUUUUAAUCUUGUAAAGUGGUUGUGCUUUUAGAAGAAAAUAUUUUACCCAGAGUUGCACGUGUUUUAUGAAUUCUAGUGCAGCUGUGAUGGCUCAGCUCAGAACAAACAGAAUUGAACCAAAUUUGGGGAGGUUUUUUGUUCUUUUUUUUUUUUAUUGAAGUGAGAUUGUACAAAAAGAUAGACAUACAUUUUGAUAUUGAGCCAUUCCUGAAGAUUUUGGGUUUUCUAAGAUUAAGGAAUACAGAAAACUUGACUGCGACCAAUCAUGAAGUCACAUCAGAUGACAGUGACCACAUUAAGUGGGCAUGUCACCUGAUGAUCAAAUCCUAUAAAUAGCUUCUCACUAGAGCUGUGAUGGUGAUGUGUGCUGUUCUAAAAUCAAAUGUUGUGAGUAGAGAGAAUGAGUUUGUGACUAGGAGAGACUAAACUUCUGUUUCCUUACCCAGUAUAAAUAUAUAUAUAUAUUUAAUCUAUUUUUAUUAGAAGUUUUUCUGCUCUUUCUUACAUAAAACCCCCCAGCAUGCAUCUUCUAUGUGUGUAAAUAAUUCCAUUUAUGGGCUAAUUUCAGAGAUCCCUGACAUCAUUGCUGUAUAGAGAGAAACUAGCUUGCACAUUUUAGGUCUGUGAAAUUUUGUGAGAACUUUUCCUGCACUGGACAGUUGAGGAAAAAAAAGAAAAAAGAAAAGGAAAAAAAAAGCACAUAGGGAAUUAUGUUAAUUGUGUUUGUGUCUUUAGGCAAAGCUGUGGAAGUCUUGAAAUGUCACAGUAGUAAAUAACUUUUAUUACUUUUUGGCUAAUUCUUUUUCUGUUGGAACACUGAAUUCUGUGCAUAUGUAUAUAUGAACACAAAUUGAAGGCCUCUACCUCCUGGAGUAUACAACUUGGUUUGUUUACCUCCACAUGAUUUUUUUUUUUUUUUUUUUUUUUUUUUUAAGUUCAGUGUGGAGACUUGAAACUUGAAUGUCCCUUCCAACUUUUAUAUUUAAAACAAGACUAGAAAAUUGAAGACUGUUUUUCACCUGUACAAAGAAAUACUAAAGGGUGGUCUUAAAAUUUGAGCAUUGGUCUGGAGAAAAACCGUGGUGUUUGUUAUGGACAAUUAACUGUUAAAGUUAUUGUAAGUUAUCUGUAUUUAGCAGAGUAUUUUCAACAAGAGUGAUCUGAGCUGAAAUUGGAGACUAUUAGUAAGUUAUGUUUGGAAGUUUUAACUUCAAUGAAGUAAUUAUUUGCUGUGAAAGAGACAAACAUUGAAUUACUGAACAAAGAUGGUGCAAUAUCUUUGUUUUUUAUGAGGCUCCUGAGAAUAAAACCAACUGAAGCAUUUCAAUUCACUUGAAUGAGAAACGUGUUUUAAUUAAAAGAGCCCAAGAAGACACUGGUAUGAAAGGUAAAAUCUCAGAGGUUGGUCAGUUAAUGUGGCACACUUGCUGGUCACUUUGUAAAAUGUAGAUUUGAAGUACAGUGGUGAAAACAUUAAAUGUGACAUUUGAAAAAAGAA